AUGAGCAACAUAAUCGAUAUUGAACAAUGGCUAGAAGAAGAUGAGAAUGACCUUAUUGAUGGAAAUGACAUUGACAGUGAAGAUGAAUUGGGGGAUCAGGAAAAUUAUGAACGUGCUCGAGAUGCUAGGGAAAUUGAUGAUGUUGAAAUUAAAGCUUUGAUUGGUAUUUUAAUUCUUGCAGGAAUUUCUAAAUUUAAUAGACAAAAUAUAUUUAAUUUAUUUGAUGAUUCCAAAGGAACUGGACUUGAGAUUUUAGUUAGAAAUUUGCGUUUUGACGAUUUUACCAACCGCUCAGAAAGAAGCGAAAUUGAUAAAUUGGCUCCUAUAAGGGAACUUUUUGAAGUUCUAGUACAAAAUUUUCAAAAUUAUUUUAUUCCGAGUGAAUAUUUAACAUUAGAUGAACAAUUAAUUGCUUUCCGCGGUAGAUGUUCAUUCAGACAAUACAUUCCAAAUAAACCCGCUCGUUACGGAAUAAAAAUAUUCGCUAUUGUAGAC